UUCGAGAGCAGCGUCAUGGCCAUUGGCGCCUGCCAGCAGCUGUCCACCAGGUGUUUGGUCGUGCNNNNCCCGCCAGCUGUCCGCCAGGUGUUUGGUCGUGCCCAUUUGAGAGUUUUGAAUGUUUUUUUUUUGCACGAGCAAUUAGAACGAGGCUGGAUUUUCGCGCGCGUUGGCGGCGUCAAACCGCUUUGAGAAGAGUUUCAUUGCUCCACAACCGUUUUCAGAAGAGUUGAGAGAGAGGCAACAACAGUUUGACGCCUUCUAGUAGAUAAACUUCGAUACUCUAAAGUAUCAUUUGUGUAAAAGAAACAUCAGCCUUUCUUUGCCUACUGGAUUGAGAAGCACGACAGCUACCAUGGAGGAGGAAGCAGCAGGAGAGCUCCAGCUUUCGUCGGCGAAAAUCCAGGCUGCAAUUGAUUGGGUAAUGCAGCAGCCAAAGCAAGCGAUCCAACUUUCACAAGCAAUGCUGACCACAAUUGAUGUGGAAAUGCAAAAGCCAGACGGUAUGGUGAUUGGUAGACAGAAACUUCGAGCAGACGAUGAUGGGAUUGUCACAGACAUGCUGGCCCAAAUGUUUGAUGAGAAAGAGAACGGAAAGACGCCACGGAAGACAUGUCAUGACUUAGCGUCCAUCGUGCGGAAACUGCAAAAGCGGGACCACGGCACCAUGCGCAAUCUGGCGCUCUUUCAGUUUGACCCCGAUGAUGAAGCUGCCCAUGCCAUCUAUGAAGAUGAUCAUGAUGAUCAUGUUCUAGUUCGUGCCAGCACGAACUCGCAACAACUCCAGGCUGAUUUCCAGCAACUGCUCAUUGUCUGUGAAGUCCGCUCGACCGCGUCCCCAUACUUGCCCCUGCUUGAUAUCCGGCACUGGCCAAUGAUGAUCAAGGUCAUUGUGGUGAUGCUGCACUGGAUAGCCAAUGACAAUUCGGAUGCUUGGACUCCGGAGCAGAAAGAAGAUGCCACAACUAUAUGCAAUACCACCCGGGCAUUCAAACAGUUCCUGGGUGGAUUAUUCCACAUCAAUGUGCGACUCCUCUUCCAACAUGCAUUCCACCCUGUGCCUGUCAAUGCCCGACCUCAACGAUCACUUGUACUUGCAGCCACAGCUGGACGUAAUCAUGACAAUGACAGACAGUUGGCUCUUCUGGAGCUUGUUGCGGCCCAAGGUUCAAACACAUUCCAUUUUGGAGGAACAACCAACACAAUCAUCAACCACAACCAUGCUCCUGCACCAGCGGCUGAUCCUGCCACGGCCAAAACCGCACGUCGUUUGGAGGGGAAAUUAGAUGUAUUAAUAGCUGGACAGCGACAACAGAAUGAAAAAACCGAUCGACUCGUGUCCACCCUGACGGAGGCUCGACCCGAGCGACCUGCGGCUGUGGAACGGCAACACCAAGCCGCUGCCCGAGAUGUUCGUCGGUUUGAUAUCAACGCGAAUCCGGCAACUACUACACCGGCACCAAACACGCCUGGAACACGCACCACACAGCCAACCGCUGAAACUGUGACGUCCAAGUCGUCGGAUGAGGGAACGCCUCAACAUAUCACGGCUGCCUCUGCAGACGGCAAUGUGUCGACGCCAUUCGUCCCUCGACACAACAGAAAGGAAGACUCCCCAGUCAUGGAUGUCGUCCCGGAGGAGCCCGUGCCAGCCCGGUCCUCAUUGGGCUCAGAGGCUUCAUUUGCCACAGCCUCCCAGGGCAGUCAUGUCUCUGCUGUUGUUGUUGUUGUUGAGAAUGAUGAACCCGCCAACACAAGUGGCAGUUCUGAAUCGGAGGACACCACGGAGUCCCCAGUGGCAAGCGGUGGUUCGGAAGACACAUCAGCGCCCCCAGCCGAAACACCCAAGAAAAGAUGGGGGAUUCCGGGGAUGGCGUCCCUUUUUCCUUGGACGAAAACACCCAAGAAGGAAGCAGAGGAUGAGAAGCAUGGUGCCCCUGCCUUGACCAUUUCUGGUUCUGUCAGCUCGACACCUUCGUCGCUGGCCAGCCCUGCAUCACUUGCGUCCGCAGAUGUGUUGGUCAUGGCGAGUCAAGAUUUGCGGGGCGCAGCUGGCCAACAUCUGCUGUUCGCGGAGCAAGCCCGAGAGAUGUUCGAUCAGUUUGAUGCUGACCGCCGUGGCUCUCUCUUUAGCCAAGACGGCUAUGGCUUCCUGCUGGAAGGGUUGGAGUUGGAUGGAUGGUGUGCCAAGGAGCUCGACCAACUUGCAGGGCCAAGUGGCCUGGAUCGCUCUACCUUCAUCCACUGGUUUGCAACCAUCCAACAAGAGGAUCAGUUGGGUGAUAUGGUGUUCCGGGGCUGCCACAACCCAAAAGCCAUGUGCUUUUUGAUAGCACCAAUGACUUGUCUGCUGAACAACAACAAGUUGCGUUGUCUGCUGGUUGGGCUCCACAAGUUUUUGCAAGACAAUGAACAGGCUGAACCACUGGAGGGCUCCACUUUCCAGGCAUUGGCCCAGCUCGCAAUGGAGUUCGAUGACUGGUCAAUUCAUGAGCCUUUGCCUGUGGAAGCUCUGUGCGACACGCUCGGUUUGGACAUGGAGGACGAGCCAUUCAACGAUGGCAACUACCAUUGUGCCGCGGAUGCCACACGGACGACCGCGAACAAUGUCAAGAAAGAGCUAACCCCGUUGUUUUACGAGAAGAACGACGAUGGGGAAAAUGUGCCCAAUGCCCUGUUUCUUUCAUAUUUGAAGGAUGCACGUCAUGGGCUUUUUGAUCUGGAGGGAGCCUUGCUCAUUCCUGGGAUGCACCAUCCCGAAUGCUCUGAGUUGAUCUGUUUGAGCUGUAACAAGGCUCGGCUUACACCUCUAUUCAUUGGAGCAACAAUCCCUUGCCCGCUUGAUGCAAAGGAUGGCAAUGUUUCCAUGGAAAAGUUGCUAGGGUGGUGGUGCAACGGCAAGAAUCUGACUGAGGCCACCUGUCCGCAUUGUGGAAAGUGGACAGCUACCAAAGAGCAGCGGGGCAUUGCAUACACCCAAGCAUCGGUACCCUCUUCAUUCACCAUUGCUUUGGGGCGGACUGGCGCUGGUGUGGAUGGUGUCGCCGCUAAGAUUUCUGCUGUGGUGCGCAUGCCAUUGACAUUGUACCUUGCCACGGAUGGUGCAGUUCUGGUCAAGCCCCCAGCACCAGCCUGGAUCCAGGCCCGCUAUAUCCUCACAUCGUUUGUGCUGCAUGUGGGUGAUGGGGAAAAGUCAGGGCACUACACAAGCAUUGCUAGGGUAAUGGCUGGAAGCACCGAAUGCUGGGUGGAGUACAACGACCGUCUGGGUCUACCUAUCUCCCAAGCGACGGUGGAAGGCAAGCUUGCAAGCGGCGAAAUUCACAUGGCUUGGUACUCUUUAGACCAAGAUUGUGAGAAAAGCUUGCCUGUGGCUGUCCGAAUGCCCAAGCAUGAAUUGGAUUUGGCUGAAUCGGCACUAGCUGGAAAGCACCAAAGCAGCACCAAGGGAGCAAAGAAGAGCAGUGAAACGGCACUUGACACUGACGCUGAGCCCGAAAACCAACCACGAAAGGGAACUUGGGGUGAUACCUUCCCUCUUGACAAGAAUGCAUGGCAAUGCAACGUGUGCAUGGUUCAGAACAUUCAAGAUGACAAGCAAUGCCUUUCUUGUAAGGCUUGUCGUCCUGGAUAUGAGAACCCCGCCGCCACCAAGAAAGACGAUGUGUCUUCCAGUGUUGCUGGCUGGGCCAUUGGAGCUGGAGGAUUCGUUUUCAGAGGUGAUAGUGCAGCACCAGCUGCAAUCUCUUCUGGUGGCUUCGAAUUUGGCGCCACUGCUACCAAGAAAGACGAUGCGUCUUGCAGUGUUGCUGGCUCAACAAUUGGAGUUGAAGGAUUCACGUUUGGAGGUGGCAGUGGAGCAGCAGCAUCAGGUGGCUUCUCUUUUGGCCGCGCCCCAGCAGCUGGCAAGGCGUCUUCAGCUGGCACAAGUGCCUCCCCAUUGAUGCCAGCCAAGGCUCCUAUUCCUCGCGUGGAAGAGGCCGCCUCUCUGGACAAAGAAAAUGAUGCCAUGGAUGCACUGAGUUCCGAAGAAGAAAAGGCCGUUGUUGCUGCACCAGCAUCACACACAAAGCUGGGAAAGAGUGAUGGGGAUCAGGCCCCCACUAGCUCUCCAAGCCAAGAGGCCAAUGUGUCUUCUGCCACAGAUGGAGGGCCCAUUGGUGUGGGCUCCAUUGUCGAGAUUGUGGAUGGUCAGUCUUUUGUGGGCAAACGGGGCAUGGUGAUUGGUUCGGCCAAUGUUCCAGGAAAGUGGGAAGUCCAAAUUUUCAAGCUGAAAGGAGGAGAAUUGGGAGUGAGGAAGACUGCCAAGCUAGAAAGCGAUCUGAUUCUCAGCCAGCCGCCAAUUGGUACAGGUACAGGGCAUGGUCGUGGCCGUAACCAAACGGUUACCACUGGAACAUCCAAAGAACCUGGCCCAAAGAAGAAUGGGGCUUCCGGUUUCCAGAAGAAGGUGGGAAAAACCCCUCAGUCCAAGCAAGGCAGCCAAAAGAAGAAUGUGGAUUCCCCAAGCAAGAAGAAAACGGCUUCCCGUACCCAAAAGAAGG